AUGUUCAGAUCGUCCUCGUCCUCCUCGUCAUCGUCAUCGCAAAGCUCGUUUCGGAGGGUUCUCAAAGCUCCUGGCCGUCCCAUUGCCGUUCGAACCGAGUACAUCACGGAUGAGAAGACUUUCUUGAUCGUGAGGCCGCAAGGCGAUGCGCAGUCCUCCAGAGCGUACAAGAUUCAGGAUGCCGACGGGGUGACUCUAUUCACUGCCACAGGCCGUAAAUUUAGCGGUCGCCCUUGUCGAGAGUUCUGGGAUGCUUCUGGACUUCCACUGUUUGAGCUUCACAGGAAAAUGUCGCUCAAAAACGCAUGGAACGUCAGUCUGCCCGGGAGCAAGCACGCGAAUAUCGCGACGGCCACCGCGAGAUGGUCUGUCGGAGACUUUAAAAUCACGUUCCAGAAUAGAGCAGCCAUUGACUCGAAAAAGGAGGAUGAAAAGAUACUGACGCUGGAAAUCGAAAAAUAUGGCAACGCUUUGGCUUCAUUUGAUGUGGUGGAUGGAGAUAGGAAGGUCGCGGAAAUUCGCGAGAGUAUACCUCACAACGACAAAUUAGCCUUGAUGCCCAGCUCAAAGAAAGGCUAUCGACCGGUGCUGGAUGUCACAGUUACUGCAGGUGUGGACUUGUCUUUGAUUGCCAUGAUUACAGUCAUGGCAUCCGACUGGGUAUUUAGCUCGAACUAUUGA